CUCCUGAAUGGCACGGGCCUUUGUUUCACGCUCCACCUGCCUCUCCUUCCUCGCCUUCAUCGUCCUCUUCGCACCCAUCCACUUCAUUUUCGAAGUCCUUCCUCGUUUCUACUCACCGGAAAAGGUGGUCUCCUCCAUCUGCGGCAGCACCCCUUCUUCCGGCCUCUUGUCCUAUCUCGACAACCUCGACGAUGCCCUCAACCUUCUAGGCAACCUGAUGGAGAACUCCUCCUUCGGCGUCGCCCAGUUCGGUCACGGCCCUGGCGCCGUCUACGUCCUCGCGCAGUGCGCCGGCUACCUCGACCGCGUCGGCUGCUUUUCGUGCCAUGAGAAGAGCCGCAGCUUCCUUUGGUCCUCCUGCCAUCCUCCCGUCGGCCGGUUUUUCCUCGACAGCUGCUUCCUCCGCGCAGACAGCUACCGGUUCUUCAACGAGACGGUCUCGGCGGGUGACGCGAGCUCCUGCGGCGGCACCAGGUUGGACUCCGGGCUCGGCGAGUUCGUCCGCGGGAAGGUCACCGGCGUGGUGAACCGGGCCGUGCAGGGUGGCGGGUAUGCGUUCGAGUCUGGGCAGUCGUCCGAAGGGGGAACGAUAUUCGUGAUGGCGCAGUGCUGGAGGAGCCUGGACGAGGCGGGGUGCCGCGAGUGCCUCGCGGGAGCUGUGGCGAAGGCUGACGGCUGCAUUCCGUCGACGGAGUUCAGGGUGACGAGCGCCGGUUGCGUCUUGCGGUAUUCUAGUUCGGACUUCUCGAAGCAGGACGUCUUGUUGUCCCGGGCCUGGCUCCAAGUGCAAUACAUUGAAAACAUGUUCGCCUCGGUUGCUUUGUUCUUCUUCCUCUUUCUCUACAUCGUCGCACUGGCUCUACUGGGCAAACACCUCUAUGUGACUUGCUGUCGUAAAACAAUUAAGUGGGUGAGCAAAGGGAAAGGCAAUGCAAUGUCACAAGGAAUUGAUCUAUCUAUUGUCGCAAAGGACUUGAUGUUCAAACAGUCCGUGCUUGUGAAAGCAACCGACUCAUUCAGCAAAGCAAACAAACUUGGUCAAGGAGGAUUUGGUGAUGUUUACAAGGGACGCUUGCCUGAUGGGAGAGAAGUUGCAGUAAAAAGACUUUUUGUAAGGGCAAAUGGUCGAGGUCAGGAAAUUUACAAUGAAAUAAGCAUUAUAAGUCGUGCCCAACACAAGAACCUUGUUAGCUUCCUGGGAUACAGCCUUUCUGGUGAUGAGAGCCUUCUUGUCUAUGAAUUCCUUCCCAACACAAGCCUCGACAGAAUACUUUUUGAUACAGAGAAGAAAAAAGAGCUAACCUGGAAGAAGAGGCAGGAGAUAGUCCUCGGUACAGCUGAAGGACUAGAAUACCUCCAUAAAAGAUGUGAAUAUAAGAUAAUUCAUAGGGACAUAAAGGCAAGCAAUAUUUUGUUGGAUGAAAAUCUAAGGCCCAAGAUAGCAGAUUUUGGCUUAGCACGCCUCUUCUCUUCUGAUAAUUCUCAUAUCAGCACUUCAAUUGCUGGAACACUAGGAUAUAUGGCUCCAGAGUACAUUGGUCACGGACAAUUAUCAGAGAAAGUUGAUGUUUACAGCUUUGGAGUUCUUGUGCUAGAAAUUAUUAGUGGUACAAGAAACAACAGCUUUGACAGGCUAGAUGGCGAUACUUUAGUUUCAAAGGCAUGGAAUUUGUAUCGGUCUGCGUUACUACCACAACUUAUUGAUGAAAGUGUGGAAAGUAGCAAUCCAGAUGAGGUGUCGCGGCUGGCGAUAGUUGGCCUUCUUUGCACUCAGGAAGUACCAGCUCUACGGCCAUGUAUGAGUCUGUUAGUUGGAAUGCUAAGAUAUAAAGACUUUCAUCUCCCAACACCUUCAAAGCCUCCAUUUGUGCAUAGCUUCAGCAUAGGAGACGUGUCUGAACAGUCCGAUACCCCAUUUAAUCCAAAUGGCUUCAGCAUAGGAGACGUGUGUGAAAAGUCCGAUACCCCAUUGAAUCCAAACGUUUCCUUUUCUUCCCUUGAUUGUAGUGAGAUGUAUCCUAGAUGAUCCAUUUUGUUGCUUCCUCUCUUUCACUCUCAUAUUGAGGUUUGUAAGAGCAGUGUGCGUUCUGCCUUUGCAUGCAUCUCCAUGUGUGCAUGCAGUGAUGCUGCAUGGAACGACUAUGGAGUUCUACACUCCAAAACCCAGUUCCUCAACCAACGCUAAAUUCAUGAAAUUCUGCAUGCUGAUGAUGCCAACUGAUUGACAGUUGAAGCUGAGCAGGUUGCACCCGUUUUUUUUUCCCAGUCUGGGGCUGAAGUUUCCAGAAAACCAUUGAGCGGUGACUAUGAUAACUGGAAGGUUUUCCAAUGAAAAGUGGGUUUUCAAAAGGGGGAAAAGGAAUAUUUGAACGCAUUGGUGUAGCAGGAAGGGCUGGGCUGUCACACUUCCAUGGACUCCUUAAGUUGGAAAGCACCGUGGGGUCUUCAUUUGUACUCCCAGAGAUUCAGGAUGAGAUUUUCAGCACCAUGGCCGAUCUCUAGACCGUAUGCACGAAGCGUCGAAGCAAAAGAGAAGAUGAAUAUCCAGGUAAUUCUGACACAGCAUAAGAAUCGAACAAUGCUUGGACCACCUGAAUUGUCAAAGCAAAAGAGAACGUGGAUAUUCAUGAUAGAUUUGAUGUAGUAAUAGGCAUCUAAGAAUGAUCUUAGAUCAACUGAAUUGCUGAAACAUUUAAGACUGUCACAGUCAAUGCCACAUGCUGUACGAACUAAUAUUUGUA